AUGUCAAUACUUCUCAGACAUCUCUCAAAGCUAAAUCUCAAGAAACCGAAAGAUGCUCUCAAAAACCAGAGUGUUAGGUUGUCGCAAACCCCGCCCUAUCUGACUAUCGGCUUUUGGUUGAAAGAAGAUUCGCUCCACUUGUACGACCCAGUCAAGGAAGAGACUAUCAAAAUUUCAGAUAAAACACUCCCCGAGGAGCUCAAUACGUUGGAAUUGCAGGGAAUAUCACAUGGUUGGGGACUUUUCAUGGACCAAAAUGACAGCUCUGUUGUACGUAUCUCCGACUUCUUUCUCCCUUCAGCAUCAAAAUCAUCCCCUAAGAUCACGCUUCUGCCUCCUAUGUGUCCUCUGCCCGAUUACAAACUGGAGUCCGUGAAAAAAGUGUCAAUGUCCACUUAUCCUGACCAAGAGGAUGAGGAAUGUGUAAUUGCUGUCAAGUUUAUGGGAUUUCAGUUGAGUCUCUGUGUACCCGGUCGAGACUCGGAGUGGACUAACAUUGUAACCCCUUUUGAGUACUUCCACAACAACUCGAGUCUCACGUAUUCCAAGAGAGAUAAAAGUUUCUAUAUGCUCGCUCCAGGAAGCCGUUUCUUGGCUUCCUGGCAUAUCCAUUCCAAGAACUGGGACUACCCAAAGUUCCACGAGUUGCAGUUUCACAACAUUCCUAGGUUUUGGCGGUCGGAGUGGCAGCUAUUGGAUUCGUGUGCCAAGACUGAACACUUAUUGGAGGCCCCCUCGGGCGAAUGUUUCCUCGUCAAGUGGUAUGGGGAGAGCUUGCCUUGUGUGUUCAAUGAGAAAGAAACAAUCUACUAUAAGACAAACCGGUUCAUGGUCUUCAGACAGGAAGAGGCAAGUAAAGAUGGAGUAAGAAGCAUGUGUUACACAGAGGACAUUGGAGAUAUAUGCAUCUUCCUUGGAGACAAUGAGCCUUUUUGUGUUCAAGCCAGCUCAUGCCCUGGUCUCAAGCCUAACUCUAUCUAUUUCAUGGGUUACGGCUUUGGAGUUUAUGACCUCGCAACCAAAACUACCCAAGAGUUGGGUGACAAAGGUUUACCAGGCUCAGUAUUUGCUUGCCCGUACUGGAUUCCUCCGGUUUUUCUCUAG